AAUCGUAUUAAGCUUUUGUUGGAAACUGUUCCACUCAACGGGCAUAGUUGAGGCGUUUGUGCGGUCAAACUAUCGCGUUUGAAUUUCGAAAAGCGGUGGGGAUACUGCUGAUUGGCUCGUUUUGGCCGAUACACUGUGUAACGAUUCGGUAGCGUGCGGUCGAGCGUAGCGCGCCAACUGAGCUUUUUCAAAUAAGAAACUCGAGUUCGUAUGUUCCAUUCUUAUUUCGGAUUUCAUAUCGCAUUGAUCUAAAUAUUGGUGUUUAUAAAAAAAAAAAUGUUUUGCUACCAAAUGUAUCGGUGAAGACUAAAUUUUGUGUCAGUGUUUUAAAAAGUCGUUUUUAAGAACUUUGGUAAAAAUGUCUUCGGUGCACUCUGAUGAUGAUCAAGAGGAGAUCAAUGUGGACUCUGACAGCAGGCUGUCGGGCCACUGCGAUAGGAGUAUAGCAUCAGAAGACCGGGAUUCCGAACACAGUUACCAUGACAGAUAUCACGAUUCGCCAAACGAGCAUAUGACUGACACCCAACCGAGGGUGAACUUACCUUUCAGCAUAUCUCGGCUUUUAGGGAAACAAUUCGAAGAUAUAGAUAAGCGACGAAAUUCAGGGGAAAGUGACGACAGAAGUGAUCAGGACACUGAAUCAGAGAGUGCUAAAGACGAAGGGAAGGACAAUUCUGGUUUGCCUUUGAACUUUUCGCAUACUCCCGGUUUAUAUCCAAAUUCUGGACUGUUGUUGAGACCUGGGUUGGGGAUUGGUGGCGGUUAUGGGUUCUCGAGUAACCCUGGGGUUGUUAGAGUGCCUGCACAUAGAGCUCUGGGUGCGUUGGGUGCCUGGGGAGUCACCAUGGACCCGAUGAGGCAAGCAGCGGCAGCGGCGUUCGCACAUCAAAUUGUUAAGGACCGAUUGAACGCAUCAUUCCCAAUCACAAGGCGUAUUGGACAUCCGUACCAGAACCGAACACCACCGAAACGCAAGAAGCCAAGAACCUCCUUUACCCGACUGCAGAUUGCUGAAUUGGAGAAAAGGUUCCACAAACAGAAGUAUUUGGCGUCAGCAGAGAGAGCAUCCUUAGCCAAGACCUUGAAGAUGACUGAUGCUCAGGUGAAGACUUGGUUCCAGAACCGCAGGACUAAAUGGAGACGCCAAACAGCCGAAGAACGCGAGGCAGAGCGGCAAGCAGCGAACCGCCUAAUGCUCUCCCUUCAAGCUGAAGCCCUAAGCAAGGGUUACAUGCCAGAACCACCGCCGGGCUCAGCACAGCUUUCAGCACUACACUAUCAGAACUCCACCAACCCAGCACAAGCCCAACCUUCGAAUACCGCAUUAAGUGCUUUACAAAACCUCCAACCAUGGGCUGGGAAUCAAAGUAAUUUUAUAAAUGCGCAAGCGGCGACCGCUCAGCCACCUCACCCGCCGCCUGUAGCGUCACCUAUAUGUUGAUUCGUAGAUUAAGUUUUAGAAAAGGAAUUAUGUCAUGUAAUGCGUACUGGCUAGUAAUAAAGUGCGUUUUAAAAGAUUUGAAUUUCGAAUGGAGCUAUCGUACAGUCUGCUGAUAAUGUAAUGAUUUGAACGUAGAAUUUUGAUUAAAGAUCUUUUUUUUUAUUGCCGUCUGUAAUUUUUAUUGCCAGUGAUAUUUUUAUGACUAUAGCUUUCAUUUAUAAGAGAUUUUGAACGAUAGGUCCUACUUAU